GCGCUGCUGCUGGCGGGGGCGGCCGGGGCGAGCGGGGCCGACGGGCGCGCCAACGAGACCCUGAUCGUGGGCAUGAGGCCGCUGGGCGGCAGCCGCGGGCGCUGCCGGCCGAGCGACGACGGCAUCAUCCAGGUGACGGAGGGCAGCGAGCUGCAGCUGCGGCUGUACGGGCUGGGGCUGGGCCCCGCCACCCCGAGCCUCCUGGCGUUCGCCGAGCCCGCCGCCGGCUGCGCCCGGCCCAGCGACGACCUGCGGGUGACCGGCCUGGCCGACGUCAGCCGCGGGGCCACCGCCGCCCUGCUGACCGUGCGGGCCGAGCCGCUGCGCAAGAGCCAGAAGGAGAAGCUGUACGGGCUGUGCACCCGGCCGGCCCCCGGCCUGCCCUGGCGGGCCCAGGGCGGCGACGACUCCCUGAUCCGCGUGGUGGAGGCCGACGGGCGGCUGCUGCCCCUGUGGGUGCGGGGCCUGCUGGUGGCCGCCCUGCUGGGCCUGUCGGGCAUCUUCUCGGGCCUCAACCUGGGGCUCAUGGCCCUGGACCCCAUGGAGCUGCGCAUCGUGCAGAACUGCGGCGGCGAGAAGGAGCGGCGCUACGCCCGCCGCAUCGAGCCCAUCCGCCGCCAGGGCAACUACCUGCUGUGCUCGCUGCUGCUGGGCAACGUGCUGGUCAACGCCUCCCUCACCACCCUGCUGGACGGGCUGGUGGGCUCCGGCCCCGCCGCCGUCGUCUCCUCCACCGUGGGCAUCGUCAUCUUCGGGGAGAUCGUGCCGCAGGCCCUGUGCUCGCGCCACGGCCUGGCCGUCGGCGCCAACACCGUGGGCCUCACCAGGUUCUUCAUGCUGGUCACCUUCCCCGUCAGCUUCCCCGUCAGCAAGCUGCUGGACUGCGUCCUGGGCCAGGAGAUCGGCACCGUCUACAACCGGGAGAAGCUGGUGGAGAUGCUCAAGGUGACGGAGCCCUACAACGACCUGGUGAAGGAGGAGCUCAACAUGAUCCAGGGGGCCCUGGAGCUGCGGACCAAGACGGUGGAGGACGUCAUGACGCCGCUGCACGACUGCUUCACCGUCGGCAGCGACGCCGUGCUCGACUUCAACACCAUGUCGGAGAUCAUGGAGAGCGGCUACACGCGCAUCCCCGUCCACGAGGAGGAUCGCGGCAACAUCGUGGACAUCCUCUACGUCAAGGACCUGGCCUUCGUCGACCCGGACGACUGCACCGCCCUCAAGACCGUCACCCGCUUCUACAACCGCCCCGUCCACUUCGUCUUCCACGACACCAAGCUGGACGCCAUGCUGGAGGAGUUCAAGAAGGGCAAAUCCCACCUGGCGAUCGUGCAGAAGGUGAACAACGAGGGCGAGGGCGACCCUUUCUACGAGGUGCUGGGCCUGGUGACGCUGGAGGAUGUCAUCGAGGAGAUCAUCAAAUCCGAGAUCUUGGAUGAAUCGGAUAUGUACACGGACAAUCGCAGCCGCAAACGGGUCUGCAACCAGAAGAACAAGCGGGACUUCUCGGCCUUCAAGGACCCCGACAAUGAGCUGAAAGUGAAGAUCUCGCCCCAGCUGCUGCUGGCUGCUCAUCGCUUCCUGGCGACAGAGGUGUCUCUGUUCAGCCCCUCCCUGAUAUCUGAGAAGAUCCUGCUCCGUCUGCUCAAGUACCCAGACGUCAUCCAGGAGCUCAAGUUCGACGAGGACAACAAGCGAUGUGCCCGCCACUUCCUCUACAUCCGCAACAAGCCGGCCGACUAUUUCAUCCUAAUAUUGCAGGGGAAGGUGGAGGUAGAAGCCGGGAAGGAGAACAUGAAGUUUGAGACAGGCGCCUUCUCCUAUUACGGGGCCAUGGCCCUCACCACUCCGGCCCCCGCCUCAGUGGCUCCUGUUCAGCUGGGGUGCCCGGCUGCCAAGCGAGAUUCCCUGCUUUUUCGGCUCUCAGAACUGCGUUCCCCAUCCCAUCCGGCUGGCCUCAAUCGCUCGGCCUCCCUCAGUUACCGCGAGCGGUCCGAAUCCUUGGCUCUCACCACUCUGACUGGCAGCACCAACCAGCUCAGCAGCAUCUUCCUGGGCCAGUACGUUUCUGACUUCAGCGUGCGGGCCCUCAUGGACCUGCAGUACAUCAAGAUCACCCGGCAGCAGUACCAGAAUGGGGUAAUGGCCUCACGAUUGGACAGCUGCCCCCAGUCACCCACAGACGGAGGCCCGUCCCGGACGGAAAACGUCCCCCCGGGGAAGUCCGAGCUGCCCCUGGUGGAUGAGACGACGAGCCUGCUCAACGAACACAACUCCGUGCUGCACAAGGCCAAGCACAACCCCCACGAGAAUAGCAUCUGACGGUGGGGCCUGGGGCCCCCACCCACUCCCCCGGGGGGCCUCCCCAGCGGGCCCAAACCCACAGCGGGGGCAGAGGGCCCCAGGGUGCGUAAUACACUCCCGGCUACCCUCCGUGCUCCUCCCGGCCCCCUCCCCGGCCGCUAACCCCCAGAGCCGGCGGCGGUUCACCUCUCUCAGGGGGACGUAGGCCCAGCCCACGAGCCCGACCGGGACGGACGCGCCGGCUGCUGCAAACCUGGGGUCCCCGGGGCCCCAAGGAGCGAGCUUCAAAGGGACAGGGCGAGGAGGGCAUUGAGAGGCAAGGGGUAUUUUUUACUGAAAGAAUUUGUAAAGAAAGUUCGUUGCUGCUGUUUCUAAACUUUUGGGGGGGGGAGGGGAGGGUUAGGAACUUUUUAUUUCAAAUCCUUUUUUAAGAAAACAAACACAAAAAAAGAGGGAAGGGUUUGGGGGUCAAUGUGCCCCUUCCCCCACCCUGCCUCCCAUCCCAGGUUUCCUCUGGGGCAGCGAUAGCCGUAAUCUCGGCCCUGCCCAGGCUCCAGACUGUUUCUACGACUCAGGGAGCCCCCACGCCUCGGGGAUCACCUCCGGGGGCCCGCUGGAGGCUAGCAUGGGACCGGGGAAGAGCGAAAGGGGACGAGGGUCCCAGCGCCUCUGAUUGCCAGGGCGAGGGCGGUAGCUGAGUAUACCGAGGACUUCUCCGUCUCCCCUGGUUGAGGAGAGGAGAGCUCGGCGGCCUCUGGGAAGUGCCUAUUGGAAACGCAGCCCGCCAGACGGGAAACGGCGGGGGCUCUGCCGCUGGGGGCGGGCCGGGAAUCGGCAUCCAAACCAGAAUCCUCCAGAAUCCAGCUGGCAGUUUGCGUCGUGUCCUGUGGCUGAGGUGGCUCGUGGCCCGGGCUUUGUUUCCUCAGCCCCGGCGGGUGGGUUCCCCUCGUCCUCGCUCCCUCCUGCUAGGCCCGCCGCCAUCUUCUGGGGACAAUCUCAAGUGUUCCACAGGGCCUGGUCCUCCCGCCCCUCACUCCCUGGGCCCCUCCCUGGCUCCUACCAAAGAGAGGGUGGGAUCCACCCCUGCCCCGGCCGGGCCCCUCCCGGCCCCGGAGCCAGGCCACCUGGAGGGAUGCGGCGUGUUGGCUGGGAGGUCGCCCCACCCCCACCCCGAGGAGGGGUCGGAGGGAGGAUUCAGCCCCGUUUACAGAUGCCCCGUUCCCGUAGCUAGCUUUCCCACCAGGGUCCAAACUUCUCCCUCACCUCAGGGUGUGGGGGAGAUGAGGAAUGAAUGGGAAGCUUCCCUGGGUCCUUUACUAUGCAGCCUGGUGGGUUUCCCCUCGCCUUGGCCUCACCCACUCCCCUUAAUGCCUACAAACACACACACACACACACACACACUCCUCCCCCUCCCCAACACCUCAUCCCCUAAUCAUAAUCCGGUACUCUCCUGUCGGUGAGAUGCUUUCCCAACCUGUGCCCUGCGGUGUCACUAACGGUACUGUCCCCCUGACCCUGUGGGGGCACGCUCCUGGCACGGCUCUCUGGACCUCUUUCCCUGAGAUGUGGCUAGAACCAGACCCAGAUCCACUGUUAGCGAGGCUUUGGGACCAGGCUGUUCUACUGAUCCCCGGGUGUAGAAUGGGCCUGGUGGCAAGACCUAAAAAUUGGGGUGGGAGGAAGAAAGCUGGGAUCGUUUGCCCCCUUCUCCAACCACUCAUCGCUCCAAGCAGUAAACCUGCCGGGGGCUGGGAUAAUUGAAGCUCUUGGGACCAGAGAGCCUAUCUGGGGCUCCUGUCACCCCUCCUCGCCCACUGCUUGCUCACAUCCACAGAGGGGGCCACUGGGAAAGGGGAGGAAGUCACCCCAAAGGAUGCGCUCAACAGCCAAUUAUAUGGGGACAGAGAACUCUUCAGGCCCUGGGUCCAUGGCAAACAAGUGGGAGAUGGGGAUCUUUCUCCCCAGGGGCAAUUCCACCUUCACUUGCUCCGGGGACUACCCUGGCCCGAGGAGCUAACUACAUCCCUUCCCCGGUAUCUUCCAGGGGUCACGGGCGCAUGUCUCAUGGGGAGGGAAAGCCACAGAACCAGAUGGUUGUAUGUAGUGUCUCACACACGCAUACAAAUCCACACCUACCUCCUUUCGACCAUCAACGCACCCGCUUGCUCUCCCCCGCCUCCCCCCAGCCCAUGCGUUCCCUUUAGCUGUGGGGCAGACACGGUUCCCAAUCAGGUUCGGUCCAAUCAAUAUCCCAUCCCUUUCCCUGACCAUCUCCAUCCUCCCAUGUUUCUUGGUCUAAACCACAUACUGGAAUUAUACCAUACUCUGCUCAUUUCUGGGCUUCUUUCUUUAGGAAUAGAGUUCUGGAAACAGCCUUUAUAAACAGCAUCCAAAUACAGUAGACAGGUCACACCUACCAUAGCACAUAACUACUAUUUAUUUUGCAUUAAGAUUUUAAUUUGUAUAUUUUGUGAUUUUUUUUCCCCCUGGCAUUGUUAUACCUGACUCCCGGGAGUUUGGCCAUUUCGUUUCCAGUCUCUGUCUUUUGUCACAACGCGGUGAUAAUAUUUGCUCAACAAAAUGUGGAGUUUAUUUUUUGAUUGGUAAUAAAAAUGGAGUAUAUAUAUAUGCAUAUAUAUAUAAAAAUAUAUCUAUAUCUAUACAUACA